AUGAGAGAUGUGGGUCUGCAAAAGAAGUUCCUCAGCCGGAAGAGGAUACCACUCAAAGACGUCCUUGACGAAGCAACAGCGGCUGAAACAUCCGAGAAGGCAGCCGCCGUGAUGGUAAAAGCUAGAGGGAUCCAUAAGAUCCACAAGUCGGCUCUGACCUCAUCAGACGACUCAACAACGCAAUCUGAGUCUGAUGAGGAAAGGGCCGUCCACAAGAAUCGCAAAGAUAACCAGAGGACAUCCAAACGGUCGUCGAACCAGUCCUGGCGCGGGGAGGACGACUAUCCCCGCAGCAGAACGGUGCACCAGACAACCAUCGCUCACACAAGUGAUGAGGGGACCACCAAGUUCCACGUGACGCUGAUGGCGGAAGGGUCACCAUGCAAGAUGGAGGUAGACUCCGGGUCCGCCUACUCCAUCAUGGACUGGCAGCACCUACAGCAGCUGAAACCAUCCUGCAAGAAGACCCAGCUGAAAACCCCUAAGUCGAGGCUUGUGGACUUCAACGGAAAUCCCAUCGGAAUCCUGGGCAGAACCACCAUCCACAUCAAAUACAAGGACUUUAACGGAGAGCUGCCCAUCACCAUCGUGGAGAACAGCCGACCGAACCUGUUGGGAGUGGAGUGGUUUAAGCCGCUGGGGCUUUCCAUUGAGGGCAUCCACGAAAUCCAUAGGGACGAACUCGACACCAUCCUCGAAGAGUUCAAAGAAGUCUUCGAUGGUAAACUGGGGAAAUUUGUGGGGAGGCCAAUUUCCUUCAAUCUGGACAAGGGAAUCACCCCAAUCAGGCUCAAGCCCUGCCGAGUUCCGUUUGCCCUGCGGCCUAAAGUAGACGAGCAGCUGGAUAAGCUGAUCGCCCAGGGCGUCCUGGAACCGAUCGAUCAUGCCUCAUGGGAGACCCCCAUUGUGACCCCACUGAAGCAUGAUGGGUCUGUGCGCAUCUGCGCUGACUACCGUUGUACCAUCAACAAGGCGUUGGCACAGAGCGCAUACCCAGUCCCAGUGGUGCAACACCUGCUGCAUUCCCUGGCGGAGGCACAAACAAUUGUCACGCACAGGGGGGCAUUCAAAUGUAACCGCCUCCAAUUUGGAGUCAGCGCUGCCCCAGGCAUUUUCCAAUCUAUGAUGGAACGCCUUCUCCAAGGCGUUCCAGGGGUGGUACCUUACUUCGACGAUGUGCUCGUCUCAGGUGACUCACGAGCUCAACUCCUUGAACGGCUCAGGCACCACAAGCCACUCCUGGGACUCCUCGCAGGCGACCAACCCACCCCGACCUUCAUGUCCCCGCGGAUGACGAGAUGGGCCAUCUUCCUAGCCGGCUACUCCUAUAGGCUCGUGCACCAGCCAGGCACAGCCAUAGGAAAUGCCAACGCACUCAGCAGAUGCCCAUCGAAGAAUCCAGUCGAAGACCCAGCCCCCAUGCUCCACUUAUUCCACAUAGACGCCGCCGCCAGCUGUCCAGUCUCAUCCGCAGAUGUGGCCGUUCACACCCAAAAGGACCCCACACUCUGCCAAGUGAAGUCCUGGAUCCUCAGAGGGUGGCCAUCGGAAAAAACGGAGGAGAGGUUCAGCCCGUUCGCCAGGAAACAGAAGGAGCUGUCCACCAUCAAGGGCUGUCUGCUAUGGGGAGACAGGGUGCUGAUUCCAAGCACUCUGCAACGGCGGACGUUAGAGACUCUGCACAAAGGGCAUCCGGGCAUCGUCCGCAUGAAGGCCCUGGCACGGAGUUACGUCUGGUGGCCAUCCAUGGACAGAGACAUUGAGCAAUGGGUCUCCAGAUGUGACCCGUGCCAAGAAGUUCGCCCAGCGCCACCACAAUCCGAAGUCGCGAAGUGGGAGACCCCCAGCAACCCCUGGUCGAGGAUCCACAUCGACUUCGCGGGUCCGAUGCAGGGGCGACACCUCCUCAUCGUGGUAGAUGCCUUCUCCAAAUGGCUCGAGGUGGUGCCCAAGGCAUCUACCACAACAGAAGCGACGAUCCGAGCCCUGCGCCGUCUGUUCGCCACACAUGGACUACCGGACAUGCUGGUCUCGGACAACGGCCCCCAGCUCACAUCCCUGGCCAUGGAAUCCUUCCUGGCAGGACUGGGCAUCCGCCACGCCCUGUCCGCCCCAUACAGGCCGGCCGGAAACGGACAAGCUGAACGCAUGGUCAGACUCACCAAAGAAGCCCUCACCAAGAUGAGAAGGUUGAGGUCACCCCUGGACCGGCUGCACCCCCAAUACAGCCCGGAAGUGACCGCAGACAUCUCAACACUGGAAAAUAGUUGUGAAGAUAACUCAGGAAGUUGGCUCUACCCCGAACUGGCAGUUUGGCUGCAGCAGGAGAUGGGGCAGAAGCCAGGGAGGCAGCAGCAAGUGGGGGCUUCCUAUUUUGACACCCCUCACCAUUGCCCCUGA